CGCGAGAGCGAAAGUAGGCGGAGUCACUGUGCGUAGUGGGCGGAGUCGUUUACCGUUCCGUUACACGGGUCCGUUUCUCCCGGUUGUGUUCAGUGUAGCAGCUGAGAGGAUUUGAGGAAACUCACCCACUCACUCUCCCUCCCGUGUCUCGGAUACUUAACGGUCCCGCCUGGUCUCCAGUCACCCGCUCGGGAGCAGAGAACCGUCCCGUCUUGAGAUGAUGCUGGGUCUCGGUCUGUUCGUGUCUCUGGUGGGUCUGACGGUGUCCGUUACCGGCCGCAGUGACGGAAACCCCCUGGACAAUGAUAAGUGGAUGAGCACCGUGUCCCAGUACGACAAAAGCAAAUACUGGAACAAAUUUCGCGACGACGAUUACUUCAGAACCUGGAACCCCAACAAAGCACAAGACCAAGAGAGCGAGUCGAACCCACGAUCAGAACUGAAACCUAAAUCACACUCACAUACCAAGAGCAGAACUACUGAUGGGCUAGACAGCACUAAAGACCCGUGUCUAAAGGUUCACUGCCCUCCUCACAAAGUCUGUGUGAGCCAUAACUUCCAGACGGCCAUCUGCGCCAAUCAUAAACCAGCAAAGCACAGCAUUAAACUCUGGAAGGGAAAUCCCCCACAUAAGCGUUGGAUGGGAGCUGUGAAUCAUGGGAAAUGUAGGCCAUGUCCUGUAGUUCACUCCAGCUUUGUGUGCGGCUCAGACGGUCACACAUACUCCUCAAAGUGUAAACUUGAGUUCCAGGCUUGCAGCUCGAGCAAGAGCAUCUCUGUGAAAUGUGAGGGUCCGUGUCCCUGUCUGCCAGGACAGGAAGUCAUCAAACCACAUGCAGAGAAGAACGGCUGCAGCGAUGCUGAUUUGAAAAGUUUAGCAUCCAGACUCAAAGACUGGUUUGGGGUUUUGCACACGGACGCCAACAGAGACCUUAAGAGCACCACGAGUGACACUGCACAAGGACGUUUUGACACCAGUAUUUUGCCCAUCUGUAAAGAUUCUCUCGGGUGGAUGUUCAACAAGCUGGACAUGAAUUACGACCUUCUGCUCGACCAAUCAGAGCUCAGUGCCAUUUACCUUGACAAAUACGAGCUGUGCAUGCGGCCACUGUUCAACUCCUGCGACUCCUUCAAAGACGGAAAACUGUCCAACAACGAGUGGUGCUACUGUUUCCAGAAACCUGACGGGAUGCCAUGUCAGAACGAGAUGAACAGGAUUCAUUCUCAGAGCCGGAGGAAGACUCUGAUUGGGGCGUAUGUGCCGCGCUGUUCUGAAGACGGGUAUUUUAAGGCCACUCAGUGUCAUGGCAGCAGCGGUCAGUGCUGGUGUGUCGACAAAUACGGCAAUGAGAUCGCAGGAUCCCGCAGACAGGGAAACCCUACCUGUGAGGAGGAUCAGGAGACUUCUGGAGAUUUCGGCGGCAGCGGCGGCGGUGGCGCUGUGAUUCUACUGGAUGAUCAGGAGGAGGAGUCUCCACAGCGUGGGCGGGGCCGACAGAAAGAGAGGCGGGGUCGACUCCACCCCCGCGGGGCGAUCGAGGACGAUGAAGACGCAGAGGACGACGAGAUGGGCUACGUUUGGUAGCUCCGCCCACCCAUCUUCCGCUAAUUAACCAGGGACCCAUGUUAAAAUGCACAGUUCUGAAGCCAUUCUAGCUCCGCCCCCUCAGACACGCCCCCUUCUUCUCAUUCUGGAUCUAAACUUGUCCUUCUCAUUCUCUCUUUCUCUCUUUCCUCAGCCGCCUCUUCAUGUUCUGUCCUCUGUUUUCCCUCGUUCAAACUCUCCUGGAUCGCUCUUGCGUAUUCUAGACCGGCUCUAGACGGUAGACGUGCAUGACGAGAUUGUUCAGCAUUUCGGGGGCUUCAUACCAGUUCUACAUAGGAUCUUUUUAAAGGGUUCAUUCUCAGUGGUGAUAUGCAUGAACGCCACUGCUGAAUGCAGGAGACGACGUCUGAGACCUUCGAGGGCAAGGAUCAGGUGGGCUUAAGCCAAACGCACACUACAAGACCGAAGCUCAUCGCGCUUUCAUGUUUUAAAUCUGCCACAAGAGGCUGCGGAUUGUAGUGAACUUACAGCUUUAAUGUUGGUUCUGUGUGAGACACCUUACAACUACAAUAUUAGUUAAAAUCUCAAAUCUGAGAAAAGAGCAACAAGGUAAUGAGAUUGCAUGAGAAAGAAAAUUGUGAAUUUCUCCCAAAGCACUGGCUCGUGCAUUUUUUUGAUUUCUUUGAAUUUUUUGUUGCAUGCUAAAUCCAUGCAAAAAUGACCUGAAAGCCCAUAUUGUGUGAGAAUGAGGAGAGUUUGUGCAGGAUGAUCUUGUAAUUAAUGCAUGUAGACUGUGAUUAGUUGAGCAUAAUGUGCACAAAAACAACAAUAAACGGUGUAAAUGUGCACAGAACAAUGA